UGAGUAGUCGGUUCGUCUGGGCUACUGGGGAGGGGGGAAGGGUGUAGCAACAGCCCGGGUACAAAUAGAGCAUUGGAACGCCAUUAAAUUGUUCUGUUUUUUUUUUCUUCUUCUUUUGAAAGCCAGUCUCCGUCACCCAUAGUUCAUUACUCCCCAUACAAUUUCUUACGCAUCCCAAUUUACCAACACCACCAUGAGUCUCGAGUCUCUCUUUCUCGCUACAAACGACCAAGACAUGUGCUCCAGCAACAUGAAUUCUCAAGAUCUCGAUCUGCUCUUUUCUUCCCAAAGCUUCCAACAUGACACUGGCCUCCAACAACAAGGCUUCUCCUUUGACAACUCUCAAGCACCGACUGAAGGCUCUCUUCCAGGGGCAUUCAAUCCAAACCCUACAUGGGACUUAUCGUCACUAGAUCACCCAACAGCCGACACUUCCAUCGAUUUUUCUCGGGAGAUCUUGAUGUACCACGUUAAAACUCUCGAUACACAAGUCCAGUCCUUGAAUACCCGAGUCGAGUCGCUCGAGGCCCGCAUUCAAACUGUCGAGGAAUACGUCGGCAAUACUAUAGAGGAUUUCAACAAAUGGUCUCAGAAGAUUGAGAAACACUGUCAAAAGACAGACAAGAAGGUGCUGGAAGUAACCAAGACAGUCCGUGCUGCAGAUAAAGACAGUGAGGCAGCCGGAAAGCUGGCAAACCAGGCAUAGGGAUGAGUCUCAUAAAGCAACAAAUCCUAUCGCGAGGAUGAGGACGUCGCACUGACGUACAGUACCCCAAUGGGAAACUCAAGCACUCUCCCCUUUUCCUUUCCCCUAUUCAGGCUUUGCAGGAGGUUGGACAUGAUCUAGAGCUCUUUUUUGUUUUGUUAAGAAGUAGUCUAGUUUUUUAUACAUUCUUUUAACCAG